AAGAAACCGAAAGAGCCUCUUCGGGAAGCGUUGUGCCAAAAAAAAACCCUUACGUGAUGACGGGGUUCAAGGACAACCUCGUGCUAGUUCUAGUAUUUGCGGAUAACCGUUAAACAAAAGCCACAAUGAUGAGCUCAAAUUUCCUCGAGACCGCCGGCGACGGAGACGGAGCAGCGCGCUUUGGUCGCAUGCCCGAUGACUGGAUGAAUGGCAUCGAUACUGCCGCCAUGCCCUUCUCCGGCCUGGAUGCUUCAUACGAGGCUUCUACAAACCCUCUUCAGUCUCCAGAGACGCCCAGUCUCGAUAACACCGUCUUCCCCUCCCCCCUGACAGACCUUGCCUACCUUGACCGUUCCUUUGGAGACUUCUCCUCCAACUAUGCCAUCCAUCCUACAACGCCGGGACAGUUUCCCGUCCACCCGCCUCAUCGCACCUCGUCCAACUUCUCUGAAGGCUACGACCUGUCCUCUGCUAGUCCAUCCCUCGGUCCCGUCUGGCCCGCCCACGUCUCGCCGGCGGCGACGUUCCUCCCCACGCCGCCCAUGGCAGACGAGCUAUCGGCCGCCUCGUCCGAGCCCGAGGAAGACAACCAGGAUGAUGAUGACUACGACGAUGACUCGUCGGAGCCCGCGAGCAAGAAGCGCAAGCGUUCCACGGCAUCCAAGAUAACAAAAACAAGGGGUAGCAAAGACGCCCCCAAGCGCAAUCCAACGCAGCUGCGCACCGCUUCUCGUGCUCCCAAGAAGCGUGGCGCUGUAGCUGCUCAGCCCAGACAUCCCAGCGAGACGUCUGAGGAAGUCAAGGCGCGGGCUGCGCACAACCAGGUUGAGCAGCAAUACCGCAAGCGGCUCAAUACUCACUUUGAGCGCCUGCUUGCCGUUUUGCCUCCUCCAGGCACAGAAGGUGGCAUCGCCAAUGACCGCCGAGUGAGUAAAGCCGAAGUGCUUGAUCUUGCACGCGAAAGAAUUCGUGCGCUGGAGAAGCAAACGGCUAGACUCGAGAGAGAAAGGAGGGAGCUCCGAGGAAGAAUUGCUCCAGAUGGAAGACGAGUUUUGGUUUAGUUUAUUUUAGUUAGAUGAUGAGUUGAUUUAUCUUUGGUAUGAUAUGAUUAGGAGUGAGGGACUGGAAAAAGGAGAGGAUAAGGAUUGGGGCGUAUAGGAGGCAAUAGUUAACGGGCAACCA